UUUGGUAAUUCAAAUACAAUCUCUUCUUUCUGAUAUUCCAAUGGCAUCAUUUGCCGCCACAGUAGCCGGCAGAUCGGUUUUCCGAUCAAGCUCCGUUCGCAAAGCUGCGGCUCGGCUCGCUCCCCAAGCUAAAGCCAAAGCCGCUCCUGCUCCCCUUGGUCUCUCGUCCAGGACCCCUCUCUCGAACCGCAUUUUCAGGUGUCCAGUUGAGGCGAGUUUCUGCGUGGAAUCGAUGCUACCCUAUCACUCAGCGACUGCUUCAGCUUUGAUGACAUCGAUGCUCUCCAUUUCUCGCAGCAGCUAUGUUUGGCUCCCAGAAGCUUGCAAUGAUGAUGUGUGAUCAAUCUUGUUGAGAGGAUCGGAGCACGUACUGCACACGAUUCACCGUUCUAAGGGAUGUCUGCCGGUGCUAUAGAAAAUUACGGUGAGCUGAUGGACUCAGUUAAAUUGUUUUGAAGUUUGUGAACUAAUUUAGAAUUUGGGUCAUGGUUAGAGGACGUGUAUGCAAUUAAUUCAAAUCAAUAUAAAUGAAAUGUCAUCCCAA